GCAGCGUUGGCGAUCGCCAGUGUGGCGAGGAGGAAGUGGCUUUUGUGUCUGCACGUGACGGGACCAGUUCACCGACCGAAAGCAGAACGACAGCGGUGCCUGCGAGAAAUCACUGCUGCUGUCUGGUCACUGCAAUGAUCCGCUCUGCCCUCUUCACGAUAUUUGUACUUAUUCAGCGCUGCUCCCGCCCGCGACGCACGCAGCUGCGCGCCGAGGGCUUCUCGCUGCUCGAUUGUUCGUUAUCAGCACAAGCAACAGGCCCCGAUGCUCGUUCAGAGCCCUAACCGCAGUUCAGGGUUAGGCGGCCCGUCUUCCUCCACACAAACCGCUCGCAGCCCAGCGCUCAGCUCAAAAAGUCGUCGACUUCCUCGUUUUCGACUUCUUCACAGCUCGUCGUCUGCCCGCUGCCCAAAUGGCUGCCUCCGAUCAUUCAUCGCCGCCGCUCUCACAUGAGCAGAACCACUUCCAUCAGCAGCAGCAGCAGCAGCCGUCUCCCGCACCCGACCAUCUGCCCUCGCUACCCUCCCUCGCCGCGUCCGUCGGACCCCAGGCGCGCACUCUUCCGCCCCUCCAUCCCCCAUCCGUUCACAACCUGCCGCCGCUUCACCGCAGGUCCGCCUCCUCGGGCAUGUCGAUCUCUUCUAUCCUUGGAACAUCUUCGCCGCCCCCGACCGUCUCUGCGCCGGCGCCGGCCUCUGCACCGGCCUCCGCUCCUGCUUCUGUCGAGCCCUCGGCGCCUCCUUCACCGCCGCACGCUCCUCACCACCACCAUCAUCAUCAUCACCACCAUCAUCGCCACCACCAUCACCGGCCAACCACACAGACAUCGGGGACCGCCGGCGACUCUGCCGAAACCACGGAUCUGAAACGACCCCAAUCGCCGCCGAAAGAGUCCUUCCCCACACUCACCACAGAAGACCGCAAAAUCUCUGCCCCGCCUCCGCGCUCGCCUGACGAUGUCCCACAACAAGGACGCUCCCCCGAACAUCCGCAAGCCACCGCUGUUUCUGCUUCGGUCAGCACUUCAGCGGCCGCCGUGUCUGCCUCCAGCACGCCGAAACCGCUCGCUGCCGUGUCGUCCUCGUCGACCUCGUCGCCGUUCACUGUUGGCCCGACCCUGCCUCCAGUCCAGUUUGAUCCCAGCCACAGCAUACGCCGCACCACCACGCCACAGCCGCAGACAUCUGCAGCUCCGUCGUCAAGCGCUCCGGCCUCGCUCUCCGCUCCACCGGCAUCUGAGUCUUCUCCCCAGCAUUCCCCUAUGAACCAGUCUCUGCCGGCGUUAUCUCAGCAAUCUCAACAGCAGCAGCAGCAGCAGCAUCAACUCGAAUCGACCCCCGACACCCCGGUACGCGCUGAGGAUGCCAUAGCGCGCGUCGUCGUCAAAAAAGCGCAGGCUGCGGCGGCUUCCAACUCUCUCUCUGCCGACGCGGCCACCACCGCGUCUGAUUCCGCCAAUGCAGCUUCCGGAUCUCUUGGCUCGCCUGCUGCUGAUGAAAAGUCUCGAAAGCGCCGACAACAUAACCGGAGUCAGUCCUCUGCCGACGACGGUCCUUUAAUGAAACGAUCCCCAUCGCCCAGUUCAGUGAAAUUUGGCAAUUCGACUCAUUCUCGCAGACUGUUGGUCGAUAGCACGGACGCGAUCAAGGCUGCGAAUGCCUUUCCAUCGUACAACCUGGGGUGGAUAAUUUAUGCGCCCUCCUUCACCUCAGACAGACCAUUACUUCCUCGUCUCGAUGACCGCGUCAACUCCCUCAUUCAAAUCAGAAUUCCCCACAGAUAUUUAUUCAAACACAACAACCCCCUCAUCUAUCGUCGCAUGAUCUGGGGUACCGACGUCUACACAGACGACUCCGACGUCGUCACCGCUUUGUAUCACUCCGGAUUCACCCCAGUCGGCGACAAAACGACCGCAGAUAUAUCUGGCGACGAUAUCGAAAUUAACUCCGACACCGGAGACUGCAUAGCAACCCUGCGCAUUCUUCCCCUGCUAGUGCGCUAUCAAGGAUCGUUUCGAAACGGAAUAAACUCCAGAUCAUGGAUCACCCGACAUGACGGAGUGAGCUUCAGGAUAGAGAAAGUGGAGUUUGUCAAUCAAGGCAAAGCCGAGUCUCGAGGCUGGAAGAUGAAAAAGCAAAGACUCGAGGAGUGGCGCCUGGGUCGUGAAUGGCAGGAAGAAAGCUGGGGCUAUCCCUCGCAAUCUGCUGAUGCCCUCGAAGAGAUGGAUAUUGAUCGAUAGACCAACUUUAUUCUUGGUUUCUACAAAGACCGCGCGUACUUGUACAACAGUUUAGCCAAUGUAUUUAUACUAGUCGUUUAAUCAUACA